AUGGCGGCCGCAGCAUCCGCAAAGCCCUCUUUCCCGCCCAAGCUCAAGCUCAACGACGGCAACGAGAUCCCGACGUUUGCGUAUGGCCUCGGAACCGCCCACUACAAAAGCGACACCGCGUUUGACCAGGGUCUCGUUGACGUCACCGAGCUAGCCAUUGAGGUUGGCUACCGUCACCUCGACGGAGCAGAAGUCUACGGAAACGAAGAAGAACUCGGCGCUGGCAUCAAAGCGUCGGGCAUCCCGAGAGAGGAGCUCUUCGUCACGACCAAGAUCAACGGCGUGACCAAGCAGCCAACAAGGGAGGCGUUUGACCUGUCCCUCCGGAAGCUCGGACUAGACUACGUCGACCUCUACCUCAUCCACGCUCCGUGGUUCGCCAACUCGGACGAGGACCUGCAGCAAAAGUGGGCAGACCUGGAAGCCAUCAAGGCUUCCGGCAAGGCCAAGUCCAUCGGGGUGUCCAACUUUACCCAGGGCCACCUCGAGGCUGUCCUCAAAACGGCCAAGAUCCCGCCGGCCGUCAACCAGAUCGAGUUCCACCCUUACCUCCAGCACGGGGAUCUGCUCGCGUUCCACAAGAAGCACGGCAUCGCGGUUGCGGCGUACGCGCCUCUGACACCCGUCACAAAGGCCAAGGGAGGACCGGUCGAUCCCAUCUGGUCCGAACUAGCCCACAAGUAUAACGUUUCCGAGUCCGAGAUUGGUCUCAGGUGGGUUUUGGACCAGGGACUGGUGGCCAUCACCACCAGCUCGAACAGGGGCCGGUUGGAGGGGUAUUUUGAGAAGCUGCCCAGGUUCAAGCUGACUGAGGAGGAGAUUGCUCGGAUUGCUGAGGCGGGCAAACAGAAGCACUUUCGGGGAUUUUGGGGAAGCAGGUAUGAUCCCACUGAUGGACGAUAA